GUUUGAUUGAUAUCGACAUACGGUCUGUCAUCUUCAAUUUGAGUUUGAGGGCAAAAUAAAUGGUUCGCUAACUAAACAGGCGAAAAAAUACGCAAAAGGGACUGUUGGUAGCGCGCAGUCGAGCAGCAAACAAGAUGAACUUUCCGCUGUCCAACGCCAACAAGGACACCUUGCGAGCGGCGUGCAAAAAAUGCGGCUACGCAGGUCACCUGACUUACCAAUGCCGCAAUUUUCUCAAGGUAGACCCCAACAAGGAGAUACUGCUCGAUGUGGAGAGCACCAGCUCCGACUCCGAAUUGGACUACCUGACGCCGCUCACUGAGCUGCGGGCCAAGGAGCUGAAAGGCGGCGUCGAGGCGACAGCUGCACUGCCGCCGCCGCCAACAACAAUCACGACGACCACGAGUGCUGCACGCAAAGAAGAUAAGAAGCGCAGCAGCAGCAGCAGCUCGAAGAGGAACAAAAAGGCGGCGCUGGAGGCCACUGACACGAAACAAACAAAAUCAGUGCGGCACAAGAAGCGCAAGAAGAAGAAGAGCAAGAGCAAGAAGCACAAGAAGAGCUCUGAGGGCGGCGGCAAGACGAACAGCAGUAAGUCGGACAGCAGCAGCGGCGCCAACAGAGAGCUGGCCAAGAAACACAGCAGCAGUCUCAGUAGCACAAGGAAAACGAAGCGCCGUCGCUCUUCCAGCACAUCAUCUUCCUCAUCGUCGGACAGCUCCACAUCGGAGUCAUCCAGCAGCGACACUGAGUCGGACUCCAGCGACAACGAGGAGUCGAGCACCAGCGAAUCGGACGAAUACGGACGCAAGAAGAAGCGGCAGGGCAAGUACAAGCGCAAGGCGGAGGAAAUAGCCAUGCUGCGUCGCAAGAAGACCAAGGUGAAGCGCAAGCGUCACCGUGCCGGCGGGUCGAGUGCCCCAGCUGCAAGCAGCUACCUGAGCAGCCUCAGCGAUAGCGACACCUACUAACUACAUUAACUAUUGCAGGAUGAAUGACUGCCGCCAGCAGCUGUGGUGCUGCAAUUGCUGUGGGCUGGCUGUGGCUUUGGCUGUGUUGCCUGCCCAAAGCACUAUCCGUAUCUAGUUUGAUUUCCGAUUAGAUGUAAGCAACGAAGAUGCUGCGACGAGUUAUAUAUUAGGCCAUAAGUUAGUUUGUCAAACUGUCGGAGCCGACAACAGACAACAGAGUCAAUCAGAGUACGCGACCGAUGGAUGCGGAUCGUAAUCGGGAUCACAGUCGGAUGGACUAACGUGCACUUCCACAGUGACAAGAAUCACUACCUUUAUACAUACGAGUACUACCUUGUUUAUACGACGCUAAAGAUACACUAACUGAUGAUCAUAACGAUAGCGAUAUUGAGCGAAACCUUCUGAGCGAAAUCAGAGGCCAACCAAAACGUUAUCAAUUUUGUAGACUGCCGGAUGAAGCCAAUUCCGAGCUCCAAAACAAACAAAAACUGAACCCUAGACUUGUCCUAGCCCCUAGAUUUAAGCAACCACAAGAAACUGCAUAAAUUGUGCAGCAAAUACAAA